UUUGCACUCGGGGGUACUCCCACAUGAAAAGGUGAUACCACUUUAAAACGGUCAGGCAGUGGGUUUUUUUGUUAUUAUUUCUUCGAGUGCAACCCUAAAAGAUACCUUGACGACUAAAAAUAGUGGCGCUUCCGGUCUUCUUAUAAUUUAUCUCCUCAAACUGAGUGUGAAAAUACGUCAUAGAAAUGUUUUUACAUUGGUUGAUAUGUAAAACCGAUCAAAAUACACCUUGCCUUACUUUUUACAAAACAAGAAAGUCGUUGCAGAAAUUGUAAUACUUCUACCAUGGCUAAAACCAAGAGGUCAGGAACAAACUCAAAGAAGAGGCAGACCUCGUUUCCAACCCCCUCCCCCGCCGUUCCUGAUAUUUUGACUCGCUCCAGACCGCGCUCCAAUUAAAUGUUGACGUGUGGACGAGUGGGCGUUUUGUUGAUCACUAAGUAGGUGUAGGUCUGUGAUUUACUUUUUCUUUCUCUUUCCGACCUCAACAUAACAAUACAUUUUUAUGCCAACUUUUUGCUUUCGUUGACUGUCGUUAUAUUAACAAUCAACAACUAAACUAUUUCGAACCUACAGAACGUCUCUGUAGUGUAAUGAAAAUAAGUGUUGUAUUCGGCAAGCUAAGCUGAUGACCAUGGAAUUAAACAUUUGAACACCAGCAUAAUAUCACACUUUCCUUGAAUUCAGUUUUUUUCCAAGAACAACUGUCUUUAAGGGGAAAGGAAUUGAAUGCUUUCGAUUAAUUAAUGUUAAUUGACGCCAUUGCUUUAGCCUCAAAAUAAGUUUUGUAAAAGAGAAUACCUCGUGAAUAGUCGCUUGUUAACAACAGUAAGAAGUGAUGUUUAGAGAAAAGAACUGUUACUCGUCUAUUUGCCAACCAUUAACACCUUGAAGGACUAUCUCCUGAUUGCGGUUAUCACAAAACUGAAAUUGCUCAUUGAAUGUAAACAGAAACAAUUUGAAGCAGCUGGAAAUCUUGUAGAAAUCUACGGUGAAGAAAAGGGCAAAAACGACAGCUAAUCUUAGCCGGAACGAAAAGAAAAGGACUAAAUUUUCCAGAAGACACUCUCGGUUCCCGUUCGGGUACAACGAUGUUUUGUUUGAAUUAAUCCCGCUUAGAUUUGCACACGAAAUGAAAUUUUCUAAUGUCCUUCAGCUUAGAGCCUAGAGGCAAAGUACGAUCGUGAUAAUCAAUAGGAGUUAAGCCAAAAGCUACGUGUCUUUUGUCAGUAAAAAUUAACUUAAACAUAAUCAACAUGUCUGUACCCAUGUGCCAUAUGUAUAAACUAACUUAGCUUGUGUUUUACAUAUCUAUGCUCAUAAGCUAAGCCGAAAUUCAAAAACGUCUUCGCUUAAUUAUAAAGAGCAGUCGGCAAUGAAUACUUUGAUAAUAAGAUUUUCUACGCAUGAACAAAAGCUGACUAAUCAGUUUCCGUAAUCUCCUCGAAUGCCAUAUUUAAACCUCUCUGGGAAAUUAUCAUAAUUUGACAAUCUAGGCCGCUGAACUCGUACAAUCAAAGCUUUUUUCUGGUGUAUUCAUCUGCUAAAAAGAAACCAAAAAAAUCUGGUUUUGAUUUUAGUCUCGUUACUCUUGUAAAAAUGAUUUGUGCGAUCGAAGCGCAACAUAAAAGUCGGGCACUGAAAAAAAAAUAAUUGACGACUUAAAUGUCUGGCGGAUUUUCAAUUAAAAUUGGUUAACAAUAUGGCCUAACAAAAGUAAAUAACUGCUUCUAAGGAGUUUCAUUUGCAUCUCAAACAAAUGUCAUCUUUAGCUCGGUCAAAGACACUUGAGUCUUGCCGGGUAAACAAAUCUUCUAAUGAGCGCCAAAGCCUUUGUUUGCGGUCACCAAGGCAACGGGUUUUUCAUGAUCGGGCCAGGUGUUGACGUAUUUGAAUAAAUCCAUGUUGUGGCCGUGUUUGAUAGAAAAGAUAAAUGAUAUAUAUUGCCGUGACAAUCUAUUCUCUUUGUUGCAGCAUUUGAUACAGGGGUGAUAAACAGAACAAAAAAGUGAGUUUAUGGACGGCGAAAUCCUUCAAAUAAAACAGCGUGAGAGAGGUCCUGAUAUGUUAACUGGCGGUCCGUGAUAUUAAGUGAUUGGUACCAAAGGACGUCCGGACACCCUCGAUCGUUGAUGAAUCCAGUAUGUUGUUUUACCAUUAUGAUCUCCUCGAGUGGAUAAGCCGUAAAGCACACUACAUCGCUCCGAGCGGCAAACUUCUCGAUGCAUGGAUCCUCGUAGCGUCGUUUCAGUCAUCGAUCGAGGAAAUGAACUUGUGAGAAGGUCACCGGUUUAGCGACGAAACGUCAAUUACAAUGGUUUAUUUCACGAAUUUCACCAAGGGUUACAUUGUGGAAUAUUCACCUCCUUGUUUCGAAAGCUGGCUUCUCUUGCCGGCAGAGAACUUAUGGAGUGACGGAGUCCGUGGGUUUUUGUACGUAGUUGCUAUGUUCUACUUAUUUCUAGGGAUCGCGAUAAUUGCGGAUAUUUUCAUGAGCUGCAUCGAGGUAAUAACAAGCAAAAAGCGUAAAGUAACUCGCUACGAUCCCGAGAAGCAAGAACGCGUGGAAAUCGAAGUAUUUGUAUGGAAUGAAACAGUCGCCAAUUUAACCCUUAUGGCCUUGGGUUCCUCGGCCCCGGAAAUCCUUUUAGCUGUGGUGGAAACAGUUCAAAAUCUAGGGAACGUGCCUGACGCAUCACAGGAGGACAAAGACGGACUUGGUACUUUUACUAUAAUAGGAUCCGCUUCAUUUAAUCUGCUACUUAUUACAGCCAUAUGCGUGGUCAGUGUUCCAAGUGGUACAGUAAAAAAGAUUCGAGAGUUCGGUGUAUUUAUUGUCACGUCGAUCUGGUCGCUUUUUGCGUAUGUAUGGCUGUUGAUCGUGCUGAAGUGGCAUACACCCGACGAAAUCGAGCUGUGGGAAGCGUUUGUGACACUGAGCUUUUUUCCGCUUCUUGUACUCAGCUCCUGGUGCCAGGAUAAUGGUUGGUGGUGCAAGAGGGGACGAAUCUUAAAUGUCGAGAGCCCAGAAGUUCGUGUUGUGGGGCUUACAGAACCUGGAAGCCCUAUGAUGACGCAUCGUUCGAUGGAACUGAGAGCUUUAGAACAGCAAAGAUUCAGUGAAAAUGACUUAGCAGGGAGUAAAGAUAAAAUUAGAGAUGUUGUGAAUUUGUGGAGAGGUUCCAAUCCUGAUUAUAAUGCCAACAAAACAGCAGCAGAUGUUGCCUUGGCCUUGAAGCAGUUUAAACAGAUUGCACAGCAGCCUCAAAACACUGCCUCCUCCAGAGCACGUUUUCGACAUGCUGCAUUACGUAGUAUAACAAGACAAAAACAGGUCGCCAAAGAACCUGAUAAAGAUCAUGAACAGCAAUUGAAUCUUCUCACAAAGUCACUCUGUGGAUCAAGAAUAUUUGGUGCAGAUGAUAAAGCCUUCAGCUUCAGUGCAGCUUCAUAUUCUGUUGUAAAAAGUGCUAAAAAGCUUACUGUAGAGGUGCAACUCAACCAAAGGAUAUCCAGGUUUGUGUAACAUUUGGGCAUUUUCAGUUCAAGCCAAAAAUUCUGGAAAAUUCUGGAACAUUCUGCUCUA